UCCAAGAUGGCAGCCUCCAUGUCAAGAACAAAUGUUCUUAAGAAGUCUGCUAAAUUGUGUUCACUGGUGCAGCAGGUUGUAAAGAAUGAAAUUCACCUUUCAUCGGUGCAACAGGCAGUCACAAAGCCAGUGUCAAAGCCAGCUGGACGUCACACAGUGACCCUGGUGCCUGGGGAUGGGGUGGGGCCAGAGAUGAUGGCCAGUGUACAGCAGGUGUUCAAGACUGCUGGGGUGCCUAUUAACUUUGAAGAACAUUUUCUCAGUGAGGUGCACCGAUCCCAAAGUGCCAGCUAUGAGACUGUAUUGGAGUCAUUCAAGAGAAAUGGAGUUGGCUUAAAGGGCAUUAUCUCCUCUCCCCAUACCUUUCAGGGGACAGAACUGCAGACCCUCAACAUGAAACUCAGACGUGACCUUGAUCUGUUUGCCAACGUAGUGCUGGUACGAAGCCUUCCAGGGUACGUCACCCGGCACAAUAACCUAGACUUUGUCAUUAUACGAGAACAGACUGAGGGGGAAUACAGUGCGCUGGAGCAUGAGUGUGUCCCAGGAGUUAUAGAAUCCCUGAAGAUUGUGACCGCCGUGAAGUCAAAGCGCAUCGCCAAGUUUGCUUUCGAUUACGCGAUGAGGCACAACAGGAAAAAGGUGACAGCAGUACACAAAGCUAACAUCAUGAAGCUGGCUGACGGGAUGUUCCUGAAAUCAUGUGAAGAGGUGGCCAAAUUUUACCCCUCAAUAAAACUGGAAAACAUGAUAAUUGACAACUGCUGUAUGCAGCUUGUGUCCAACCCGCACCAGUUUGACGUGAUGGUGAUGCCAAAUCUCUAUGGUAACAUAAUAGACAACCUGGCUGCCGGGCUGGUGGGUGGGGCAGGCGUUGUACCGGGGGAGUGCUACAGUGACAAUGUUGCUGUCUUUGAACAGGGAGCACGCCAUUCAUUUGCCACCGCUGUAGGCAAGAAUAUAGCCAACCCGACUGCAGUGUUACUUGCUGGAUGUAACAUGCUGCGCCACAUGUCUCUAGACUUCCAUGCCCAGCAGAUUGAAACUGCCAUACAUAAAGUUGUCAAAGGUGGAAAGACGAGGACACAAGACAUGGGAGGUUAUGCCACUACUGUAGACUUCACAAAUGCAAUAGUAAAUUCCCUCCAGUAGAUAUUAAAGACAUGCAUGUGAUAUGUGGAAGAAUGGAUCUAGACAUUAUAACAAGACACUUCUAAAAAGACUGAAACAGUUAAAGAAUGGUAUCAUAAUAAAUAUCGGUCUUUGUAAGUGUAUUUGUUGUUGUUAAUUAAUUUAAAAGAUACAAUGAUAAUUAAUUAGUUACAUAUAGAUGUUAAUUAUUCUAUGGUUUUCACUUCGGCUUUGUAGGUAGUAUUACAAGAUCUUUUAAAUUCCAUGUAUAUAAAUCUUGUGUAGACUAAAACAUCUAAAUAACAGAUUGUAACAAUUGAAGCUCAGAGUUUAUGUGCAGAAUCUAGUGUUGUUGUUUUAGUUGAUAUUUUAUUGUUGCCUUGCUGCAAUAUGAUUUUGAUUUUCACUAUUUCAUUUCACCCUGUUAUUGUUAAAACGUGCUACUUUAAUUUAUUAAAUGUGUUCAAACUCUA